AUGGCCGAUCCGGGGCCAGAGCCGAGCCGCGUGUGGCGGCUGCUUGCCCUGUGCGGGGCUGCAGUAUUCCUGGCGGUCGUGGCAGCUGGUGCGGCCCUCUUGGCCUGGAACCUGGCUGCCUCCGCCGCCCGGAGGCCUCCAUGUCCAGAGCUCGGAACUAACGCCACCUUGCCACCCUGGAACCCACCUGGAGACCCACCCAGGGACCCUCCCGAAGUUGAGGAGCUGCGUCGCCAACUGACUGAAGCUGUCCAGCGCCAGGAGGCCCUGGCAGGACAGUUGGACCAGGCUGAGAGUGUCCGCCAGGCGCUGGAGGAAGCGCUAAGGGCCUGUGAGGGCCGCCAGAGCCGGCUUCAGACCCAACUGAAGACACUGAAGACUGAGAUGGACGAGGCCAGGGCACAGGGGACCCAAAUGGGGGAGGAGAACGGGGCGCUGACAGAAGCCCUGACGCAUUGGGAGGCGGCUGCCACGGAGGCCGCCCAGCGGCUGGAAGAAGCGCAGCAGCGAAUACGCGCAGCGGAGGCCGAGGGUGGAGCCUGCGCUGCCCGAGAGGCGGCGCUGAGAGAGCGUGUCAACGUCCUGGAGACUGAGAUGGGCCAUCAACGCCGAGAAUCGCGCCCUCAGCCCCGAUCGAGGUCCCGGUCCAGGUCCCGGACCCGACCCCGGCCUAGCCCCGGCUCGCGCCCCCGCACGGGAUCCUCUGGGGGCUGCAGGCGGCCUGCGCGGCCCACCAUCUACCUGAACAACCAGCGAUACAUGGCCGCUAUCAUCUUGAGUGAGCAGCAAUGCCAGGAGAAUCUCAAGGAGACCAACAAGAGCUGCAACGCUUUGCUCCUCAUGCUUGGCCAGAAGGCCAAGACGCUGGAGGCGGAACUGCAAAAGGAGAAAACUGUGUGCAUCAAAGACAAGGAGGCCCUGGUGUUGAGCAAGCGGGUGGUAGAGGAGCAGCUAGCCGAGUGCGGGAAGGCCCAGGCACGGGUGGAGCAGGAACGGCGCAUUUCCGAAGAGCGGCUGCGAAAGGUGGAAGCCCUCUGCCUGGUGUUCAACAAGGAAAAGUUUGAGAUAGACCUGCGCAACCUCUGGAGGGAUUCCAUAAUCCCACGCACCCUGGACACCCUAGGUUACAGCCCCUACCAUCCCAUCAGUGCAGAGGUAGCCUCCAUCCGCAGAAGCUGCGACCACAUGCCCACCCUCAUGAGCACGAAGGUGGCGGAGCUGGCCCACAGUCUGCGAGUAGACAUUGAGCGCGUGACCCGAGAGAACGCGGACCUCCAGCAGCAGAAGCUACAGGCCGAGCUUAGCCUGCAAAGCAUCCAGGAAGCCAAGGCUAAAGUGGAGAAGGAGGCCCAAGCUCGGGAGGCCAAACUCCAAGCCGACUGUGCUCGGCAGACCCAGCUCGCUCUGGAGGAGAAGGCGGCACUGCGGAAGGAACGAGACAGCCUGAUCAAGGAGCUAGAGGAGAAGAAGAAGGAGGUGGAACAGUUCAGGAUGCAGUUAGCUAUCGGCAACUCAGCCCUGGACACCUGCAUCAAGGCCAAGUCGCAACCACCGAUUUCCUGGAACUUGCCAAAACACAUUGCCCCUGCCUCCAACUCCCAGAUCAUCGACCCCGCUAGCCUGGAGGAAUUCAAGAAGAAGAUCCUGGCAUCCCAGCGACCCCCUGGAAGCAACGUGGCAGUCCCACCCAGGAACCUCUGCCAGGCCUACGAGGGGGAAGGGCUCUCUGCAGACAGCAGCAAUGAGCUGGAAGUCGGAGUGGGUGAAUCAGGAGGAACGGGGGCUGGCAGCGCCACGCUUAGGACAGGCCAGUCUGCAGGGACAAAGGAGCGAUAUUUCCUGGAUGCGGAAGCGCGGGUGAGAGUCAGCCGCUGCAGGAAGCACUCUGCUGGGGCUCUGCCAGGCCAGCCAGCCAGCCAGACUCUGACCCCACUCACCCACUCCUGGGAGCCCUCCCAGCUCUGGGCCUCUGGACAUCUGGACACCCUGCCCCACUGA